GUGUUUUUUGUUAUUGCAUAACGCUUGAAAUACUCAUAGUAUAGACUGAAGUGAUCACCACUUCCAACGAGUAGCGGCAAUAAUGCGGAACUGAGAGUGCUCAUCUACAGGGCACUCCCCUUGUUAGAGUGACGGGCAUACCUCUCCUCAGUCAUCUGUGGCACUGUCUGACCACGACGCUUCCGAUCUCACAGGUGAAGCGGUCUUUCAAAUUCGUUUGCGACCGUGGGUACGCUAGAGCCCCGAUGCGGCUUGUUGAUUCCCGCCGGCAAGAAGAAGAACACCGCAAGAGCGCUUGAGUCUAUACGAUGGCAUCACUACCAAGAAUAACAUUUUUAAAAAGGUACAAAGGUGAGCUUCGCCUUUUCGAACUCAAGCAUAACUCAUUCUACUCUCGCGAAUAUUCUCUUAGAGAGAUUCUAGACACUCAUAUGACGAUGUGUGUGUCACUUUUUUUACGCGGCUAA